CAACAACAGGCCGAACACUAAGCGCCAUGAAUGUCGGCACGGCGGUUCAAAGCAAAUCCAAGUUGGCCAGCGAUUUGCUUCCGUUCAAUUCAUUUCAGGCGCUUGCAACUUCUCUGCCUAAGCAAUGCGUGAGCUCAAGUAUCACGAGAAGAAGUUACUGAAAAAGGUCGACUUCCUUCAGUGGAGGAAGGAAAAAGACCGUCGAGAUCUACGCAUCAUUCGGACAUACUUUCUCCAAGAUCCAGAGGACUAUCACAAAUACAACAAAUUAGUGGGAAACAUGCGCAUCUUAGCUGCACGCAUUACCAUGCUCCCAGCUAAAGACCCUUACCGCCACAAAAUGGAGUCCCAGAUUCUUUCCAAGUUAUACGAUAUGGGCCUUCUGGAACUCGACACGAAAUUUUCAGACGUUCAGAAUAAAUUGACCGUCAGCGCGUUCUGUCGUAGACGGUUAGCAGUUGUGAUGGUCAGAUUGAAGAUGUGCCAGUAUCUUAAGAUGGCUGUCACCUACAUCGAACAAGGCCACGUUCGUGUAGGAGUUGACACGAUAACAGAUCCCGCGUAUCUAGUGGUGAGGCACAUGGAGGAUUACGUUACAUGGGUGGACUCCUCGAAAAUCAAGCGCCAUGUCAUGCGGUACAACGACGAGUUGGACGACUACGAUAUGCUAUGAGUGUGCUAUUCUUGGACGCAACUAAUAUUCCCAUAGCCCGACACAAUCCACGACCGCAUCAAGGAUGAAACGACCGCUCAUGCAUCAAUAACUCUCGAGCUCCUUGUUCCCUAAACCCACAUUCCGCAUCUGAAACGUCCUUCUAUACUACAUAGAUUUACUUCCGCGCAAACACAAGCCGACAGCGGGCCCGCCUGGCCGACCGUAUUAC